GUGAUGUUACUUGGAGACUCGGGCGUGGGGAAAACCUGCUUCCUGCUCCAGUUCAAAGACGGGGCCUUUCUCUCCAGGACGUUCAUAGCCACCGUGGGCAUAGAUUUCCGGAACAAAGUGGUGGCUGUGGACGGCGUGAAGGUGAAGUUGCAGAUCUGGGACACAGCAGGACAGGAGCGUUUCCGCAGCGUCACCCACGCCUACUACAGGGAUGCCCAAGCUGCCUCUUCUCUUCCAGCCCUGCUCCUGCUCUAUGAUAUCACCAGCAAGAUGUCCUUCGAUAACAUCCGCGCCUGGCUGACGGAGAUCCACGAGUACGCCCAGAAGGAUGUGGUCAUCAUGCUGCUGGGCAAUAAGGCUGACAUGAGCAGCGAGAGGGCUGUAAGGACGGAGGACGGAGCAUUGCUGGCCAGGGAGUACGGGGUGCCUUUCAUGGAGACGAGUGCCAAGACAGGCAUGAACGUGGAGCUGGCCUUCCUGGCCAUUGCCAAGGAGCUGAAGCAGCGCGCGGUGCAGCCGCUGGACGAGCCCCGCUUCCAGAUCCAUGACUACAUCGAGUCACAGAAGAAGAAAUCCAGUUGCUGUGCCUUUGCCUGA